CAGGACGAGGCGGGCAACGUGCACGUGAUGGACGGCACCUCCUACGAGCAGGCGGUGCUGGCUCCGGAGCUGUUCGGGGAGGGGCGGCGCUGGCUGGCCGCACCCGAGCUCACGGUGGCAGUCAGCUUCUUCGAGGGGGAGCCGGUGGCGGCCCGCGUGCCGCACAAGGUGUCGGUUACUGUGCUGGACGCGCCGCCCGCCGUGGAGAAGGACGACGGCUCCUCCGCGCGGCACGUGCUGGUGGAGGGCGGCAUCAGCGUCAUGGCGCCCGCAUUCGUGCGCACCGGGGACCGAAUCGUGGUGCGCACGGAGGAUGCGGCGUACAUGGCAAAGGCGUGA